UCAGAAGUUCGGUGAGGGAAGUUUGAAUUUUGCCGAGUCUCGUAGGCGUUCCUUCUUCGGAGGCGGCGGUGGUCUUCCAGGCCCAGCGGGUUCCUUUACUUUUAGUUUGGUUGAGGUUUCACGCUAGAAGCUGCCUCAGGAUGGCUUCAUCACAUUUUGCCAAUCGACACAGAAAGGAAUUAAGUACCGACAUGAUUAGAACUAAAAUUGCUCAUAGGAAAUCACUGUCUCAGAAAGAAAACAGACAUAAGGAAUAUGAACGAAAUAGACACUUUGGUUUGAAAGAUGUCAACGUUCCAACCUUGGAAGGUAGAUUUCUUCUUGAAUUAGAUGAGACAUCUCAUGAGCUUGUUCCAGAAAAGGCCAAUGUCAAGACAAAGUCAGUGAAAACUAUUCUAGGUGAUCAACGAAAACAAAUGCUCCAAAAAUACAAAGAAGAAAAGCAGCUUCAAAAAUUGAAAGAGCAGAGAGAGAAAGCUAAACGAGGAGUAUUUAAAGUGGGUCUUUAUAGACCUGAUAUUCCUUGUUUUCUUUUCUCAAACCAGAGUACUAUGAAAGCUGAGCCAAAAAAGGCUGUUCCAUCUUCUGUACGGAUUACAAGGUCAAAGGCCAAAGACCAAAUGGAGCUGACAAAGAUUGAUAAUGGGAGUGAUGUUCGAACAAUCCGACCUAGUCAAAGACAAGCUUCUGAAAAGAAAGUGUUGGACAAAGAGAAAAAAGCUAUACAACCUGUAAUGCCGCCAGUGAGAAUGACUCGAUCGGCUACUCAAGCAGCAAAGCAGAUUGCCAGAACAGUCCUGCCUACUACAGCAAGAAAGCCAGUGACAAGGGCUACUAAUGAUAGUGAAGCAGAAACAGAGGCACCAAAUCAAGGAAGACCUGCCAAAAAGAUAGAAACAAAACCUGACAAGGCCAUUUCUUUUAAAGUUGAUAGUGAAGAAAGUACUUUGGAUUCACAAACCAGUACAACAAUUGGAAUGGAUCCAGAUGGAGUCUUAUCAAAAAUGGAAAAUUUAUCUAAGACAAAUAGUGCAAAAAUGAAGGGGAAGAAUUCCUUUGCACCUAAAGAUUUUAUGUUUCAGCCACUAGAUGGUCUGAAGACCUAUCAAGUAACACCUAUGACUCCCAGAAGUGCCAGUGCUUUCUUGACACCCAGUUAUACCUGGACCCCUUUAAACACAGAAGUUGAUAAGACUGAAGCAACAAAAGAAAUCUUGGCACAAAAAUGUAAAACUUUGUCUGCCAAGACAGUACAUCAAGAUUCAAGUAAAUUACAAUGUCCUUUGGGUUCUCUAACAGUUUGGAAUAAAGACCAUGUUUUAAAUAAAAAUGAAACUACUAAUAAAAAUUCAGAUGGCCUUUCAAUAAAAGAAGAAGUCCCAUCACUUGAAGUACAUGCAGAUCAGGUAUCUCAGCCACAACAUGAUGUGCCGUAUUUCAGAAAUAUUCUCCAGUCAGAAACUGAGAAGUUAACUUCACACUGCCUUGAGUGGGACAGGAAGCUUGAAUUGGACAUUCCAGAUGACGCUAAAGAUCUUAUUCGCACAGCAGUUGGUCAAACAAGACUCCUUAUGAGAGAAAGGUUCAAACAGUUUGAAGGACUGGUGGACAAUUGUGAAUAUAAACGAGGUGAAAAGGAAACUACCUGUACAGAUCUGGAUGGAUUUUGGGAUAUGCUUAGUUUUCAGAUAGAAGACAUAAAUCAAAAAUUCAACAAUCUGACCAAACUUGAGGAAUCUGGGUGGCAAAACAAUAACAAUACAAGCAAAAAAGUUUUUCGGAAAAAAGUUGUCUCAGGUAUAGCGAGUAAACCCAAACAGGAUGAUGGUGGAAGAAUUGCAGCUAGAAAUCGCCUAGCUGCCAUAAAAAAUGCAGUGAGAGAGAGAAUUAAGCAGAAAGAACAUGCUGAGGCUGCAGCCUCUGCAAUGCCAAACGAAGUGGAUAAAAUAGUGUUUGAUGCUGGAUUUUUCAGAAUUGAAAGUCCCGUUAAAUCAUUCUCAGGACUUUCUUCUGAAUGUCUUUCUCAAAGACUUAGAAUACCUAAGUCUGUCAGCAAAGCUGCAUCUGAGAGCAGGGCUGAGAUGGGCGUUCUAAGACAAACUACAUCACCAGAGAAUCCUGAUCCUCAGGGUACCAAAAGUGAACAUGCUGAUAAGACUUUGAUUUCAGAUAUUCCUGGAAACAGGAACAGCAUAGUAGAAGAUGCUAAGUGUCCUGGAUUACAAGAUUUAAUUGAAGUAAACCAUGAUGUAAAUAAGAUAAACUUUGAAAUAAAUUGUUUACCUAGUGAAAGAAUGAAUUUGGCUCUCCUUGCUGGCAAAGUGGCAGAUGAUGUUAAUACUAACAAAAAGGAAGAAAUUUCAGAUGUUGUGUAUGGAAUGGAACUAAAUUCAGUUACAGCACAGGAUGUUUUGAUGAUUAGCCCUGAAAAAAAUGUACCAUCACAAAAUAACAUCUCACAGGAAGAAGAAACAAAAAUUUCUCAGUCAGUACUAUUUGAUAAUAAAAGUCUCACUACUGAAUGCCAUCUUCUUGAUUCACCAGGCCUAAACUGCAGUAAUACAUUCACUCAGGUGGAAAGAAGACAUCAAGAACAUACCAGACACAUUCCCUUUGGUGGUAACCUGAUUACGUUUUCACCUCUAAGGCCCCUCAGUGGAGAUCAACCAGAAGAAUUUUGAAUUUAAAAAGAAAUCCAGACAUUUUUCUUCAUGUUAUCAGUGCUGUGGUAUACUCUUAGAAUAUUGAAAAGUUGAAGAAUAUGUAUUUGUGUUCACUUCUAUUCAAUCCAUUUAUAUAGUGUCAUACAGCAGCCCUCCAUAUACUGAGGGCCUACUGUUGGGGACUUGAGCAUCCUUGAAUUUUGAUAUCCGUGCGUGUGUGUGAGGGGAGGGGGGCGUCCUGGAACCAGUACCCCCCACCCCAAGAUUCUGAGGAACAACUGUAUACUAUUUCAAUAUUCAGUGUUCAUCAAAGUAUGUUUUAGAUAUGAUACUGUUUCUCAAGGGAAGUGGGGAUAUUUUGUAUAUUAACCAUGCAGAAUAAAAAUGUACUGUGCCUUG